AUGCUCAUGGCGGCCCCUCAAGCCCUGCUCCUCAGCCUGCUGGUCCUGGCACUCACUGGGGGCCAGGGAGAGCAGACAACCCUUCCAGGCUGCCGCCUGCAAACCUUCAACGUGACAGUGCGAAGUGACCAUCAAGGCACCUGCCAGGGCACCCACCAGGCCCAGGCCUGCGUGGGCCACUGCGAGUCCAGUGCCUUCCCAUCCCGCCACUCGGUGCUGGCGGCCAGCGGCUACCGGCACAACAUCACCUCCGUGUCCCGCUGCUGUACCAUCAGCAGCCUGAGGAAGGUGAAGGUACAGCUGCGGUGUGGGGGCGCCCGGACAGAGGAGCUGGAGAUCUUCACGGCCAGGGCCUGCCAGUGUGACAUGUGUCGCCUGUCCCGCUACUAG